UCGUGUUCUUGCUCUGUGGACUUCUCGUGUGUUGCUCUGAUGGAAAUGUGGCAAAUCUUUGUGUUUCUCUCUCUUGUGGUCCAGCCCAGUUCAGCUGAAGAAGUUAUGCUGCUGGAUACUACUGAGUCUACCGCUGAACUUGGCUGGACAACGUAUCCAGAUACAGGGUGGGACGAGGUGAGCGUGUUAGACGACAAGGGGAAACUCAUGCGUACCUUUGAAGUCUGCAAUGUCAAUCAGAACCCUCGUCUCCAAGACAACUGGCUGGCCACACCCUUCCUGUAUCGGCAGUCAGCUCCACGGAUCUUUGUGACCCUACGCUUCUCAGUCCGUGACUGUGCCAGUCUACGUUCCCCCUCCCCAAUGUGCAGGGAGACACUGACACUGUACUACAAACAGGCUGACUCCCAGAGAGAGCUCAAGAGAACCUGGGCAGCUGAGCCUUCCAGUGGGGAGUCGAGAGAGGGCUGGGUGAAGAUUGACACAAUCGCAGCGGACAAGAGUUUCAGCCGUGUGGAGCCCAGUCUACCUCACCAAUACAAAUCUGAAAGCACACGGCGCAUCAACGUCAAAACCCGCAGCUUUGCUCCUCUCACACUCAAAGGGUUUGUGUUAGCAAUAGUAGACAGUGGAGCAUGUGUAUCGCUCAUGGGUGUUUCAAUAUUUUAUCGCAACUGCCCAGCAACUAGUCGCUACCUGGCCUUCUACCCAGCCACACCCUCAGGGGCGGAGCCAACUUCUCUGGUUCCAGUAACUGGGACUUGUGUACCUCAUAGCCAAUCACAGGGUGGAACAGCACCGAGAAUGCACUGUAACACUGAAGGUGAAUGGCUGGUUCCUGUUGGAGGAUGUAUGUGUGACGUGGGAUAUGAGCCCAACCAUAAUGGCUCAGCCUGUCUGGCAUGCCAGAUUGGGUUCUAUAAAGCAGUUGCAGGCUCAGUUUCAUGCACAGAGUGCCCAGCUAACAGCAGAACCAGCUCAGACGGCUCAAAACUUUGCGAAUGUCGGAGUGGAUUCUACCGAGCACAAACUGAUGUCAACACCACUGCCUGCACAAGCCCUCCGUCAGCACCGGUGUCUCUAGCCUGGGAGUAUGAGAGUUCAGAGGGUGGGGUGUCGCUACGUUGGAGACCUCCCAAGGACAUGGGGGGUCGGAGUGAAGUGUGGUAUGGGGUGGUGUGUCGAAUCUGCCCUUCUGCAACUAACACACCACCCAGCAUGUGCUCCUGGUGUGGAGAGACAGUCACUUUUUCCCCUGCUCAAAACGGCUUAAAACAGACAAAGGUCACCCUCAAAAACCUGCUCACUAGGGUCACCUACCUCAUACAGAUUCAAGCAAUAAAUGAAGUCUCAGUACUGAGUCCGUUUCCACCUCAGUUUUCCAGCAUCAACUUCACCACCAGCCAAUCAGUGCCUUCUGAGGUCCCAAUGCUUCACCAGUUGAGCAAAGUUCAAGACUCCAUCACCCUGUCCUGGCCUCAGCCUGACCGGCCGAAUGGUGACAUCUUGGAGUACCAGCUCCGAUACUACGAUAAGGGUUCUGAUGAGGACAGUGCAAUGAGUGUGUUCAGUGAAACAAACACAGUGACAGUUGGAAGUCUGAUUCCAGGCUCCAUCUACGCUUUCCAGAUCCGUGCUCGAAAUGAGAGAGGCUACGGACCCUACAGCCACACUAUUUACUUCAGCACUCUUGCACUAGAGGAGCACUCCAAACAAAUUCAAAAUCGGCUGCCUCUAAUGAUUGGAUCAGUGAUGGGUGGAGCAGCAUUUCUAUUGGUAGUGAUAGCAAUCAUCAUCGUGUUUGUGUCACGAGGUAAAAGGCGAGAGAGCCCUUAUAGUGAUAGACUGCAGAGAUACAUCAGCAACAGAGGUGGGGUGAAAUAUUACGUGGACCCCUCCACUUACGAGGACCCCAGUGAGGCGGUCAAAGAAUUUGCACGUGAAAUCGACCCUGCUCACUUAAAAAUUGAAGAGGUCAUUGGUGCUGCUCAGUUUGGGGAGGUGUCCCGUGGCUGGUACAGGCCACUAGGUCGUAGAGAAGUGCUGAUUGCAGUUAAGACUUUGCGUUGGGGAGUGACAGACCGUGAGAAGAACGUGUUCCUCAGUGAGGCAGGAGUCCUUGGCCAGUUCGAUCACCCGAAUGUUCUGAAAUUAGAGGGAGUGAUCACUCGCACCCCUCCUGAACGCAUUAUCACAGAGUUCAUGGAGAAUGGCCCACUUGAUGCCUUUCUCAGGGAAAACGAGGAUCAGUUCAGUGUGUUGCAGCUGGUUGGUAUGGUGAGAGGUGUUGGAGCUGGUAUGUGCUAUCUUUCAAAGCGGAAUUUUGUCCAUCGUGAUCUCGCUGCCCGGAAUGUACUGGUGAAUUCAAACCUGGUGUGUAAAGUGUCCGACUUUGGCCUGUCGCGAUUAAUGAGGGGUCUGGACCACAACAUGCCCACCUACACCGCUUCAUUGGGCAGUAAAAUCCCUGUACGAUGGACAGCACCUGAAGCUUUCCAGCAUCGUAAAUUCAGUUCAGCCAGUGAUGUCUGGAGCUUUGGGAUACUCAUGUGGGAGGUCAUGUCAUAUGGAGAACGUCCAUACUGGGAUAUGAGCAAUCAAGAGGUGAUGAAGGCAGUGAUUGAUCAGUACCGCUUGCCUGCUCCAAACGGUUGUCCUCCUGCUAUUCACGGCCUUAUGCUGCAGUGCUGGCAGGGAGACAGGCAGGACCGACCAGGCUUUGAUUCUCUCUUGUCGUCCAUUGACCGCCUCAUACGGCAUCCUGCCUCCCUGAAGGCCGAGCACGUUCGUCCCAGUCAGCCACUUCUUAGCCCCACCCCUACUGACCUCUCAACAGUGGUAACAGUCGGCGAUUGGCUGACGACUCUAAAGAUGGACCGGUAUAAGGAUGUAUUUGAGAGAGCACAGUACCACAGUUUGGAAAGAGUGAGCAUGCUCACAAUGGAGGACGUGCAAGUUCUAGGAGUGAAUUUGCUUGGUCACCAGCGAAAGAUCGUAAAUGCAGCUCAGCAGCUCAGGACACACCUCACUCAGGGACAUGUGGAGGUCUAAGGCUUCCCAAUUUGUGUUGACAGCAGUGCAUGCUGAAGGAUGUAGUCCCCAGUGUGUGGCAGCCAACAGAGUUGCAGGAACACUAGAAUAAAAAGAGACAGAACAAAGAAGAGACAAGAAGCUGAGAAAAAAGAAGUGUUUUAUUAUUACUUAUUUGCCCAUCUGUCCCGCCCUUCCUUGCUGAACUGUUGUCUUCCAUAUCAGUCUUUCGCUUUCUUCCUUAUUCAGUGUUGCACUACCUCACACUUUCUCACUACUUCAUUACUUGAUGGAAUUCAGUAUGAACUUGCGCCUUAAAAACACAAAAAAGAAAGAUCUUUUCACAAUCAAUUGCAAGGACAAUCUAAGACAUUAAAUGGACAGUAACUGACUUUUGGCUUUGUGGCACUUUUGGUCAAUGACACUAGAUGUUUUUUGUUUUUUUUAUUAACUACUAUACAGCCAGACAAUACUCUCGUUGGUUGCAACCUGAAAAACCCAUAAAACCACCUAAAGACUCUCAGUUUCUGGACUGAUGUAUAAUAUCAUACAAUAGUUGUUAUUAUAGUAUGAUACAAAAACAUUAACAAGUUUGUUUUUGCAGUCUCACACAACAGCCACAGUGGUUCACUGCUUACCUAAGACUACAGGGGCCGUUCAGAACAAAUGUGUUCUGAUGGGGGAAAACCUAGAUACAUCAGUGCAACACAACACAAGUGUUUUGAGGUCAAAGAUGUCUGCCUAGUGCAUGUGUAGAGAGGAAAAUAAUUGAAACCGUGCAAACGGCUUAUAAAAAAAAAACACGUUCGGUGUGAACAGCCUCUAAGACCUAUGACAUUCCAUGACCUCACAUCACAUUCAAGGCAUAAAGUCACAAUCUGUGCUGUUGUGAGCCCAUUCCUGAGAAAAUGUCCCUUCACCAAUCUGAAAUUUGUCCACUAGUGGGCAAUUCCCUCUUCCCAUGAUACAUCCUGUUCAUGAUUAUCUCACCCCAUUAAUGACGUAGCAUAGAGUCACACUUUAAUACAUGAACAUUGUAAAGUAGUGUUGCAGUAAAUUGCUGGCUGAAGUUAAAGAGAUGCACUUGUGUAUAUUUUAGGUGUGUGUGUGUGUGUGUGUGUGUGUGUGUGUGUGUGUGUGUGUGUGUGUGUGUGUGUGUGUGUGUGUG